UUGAGAGGUGGAUUGGUAGAGUGGCAGAGGUUCGGCAAGGCCUGGGUGACAUGGAGAUGGGUGUGGCAUCGGCGUCGGGCUCCAGGAACGGGGACAGAGUGAAGGAGGAGGGAUGGCGUCUGAAAAAAGGGAGGGGGUCAAGGAGGUGGUUGCUGGGUUCGGAUGUCAGAAUGAGACAUGAUGACGCCUAGACUCCCCUACCCUGCCUCUCGAUUUGGGGACAUUUUGAGGGAUUUUGGACGUGUCCGGCCCAAAGUAGGAGCCCACAUGGGAGGCCUAAAGUGUCUGGACCAUCUGGUCCAGACAUUUGAAGUCGGAGUAGGUGUUCUCGCUGGGGAUGCCCUAAGCAAUGGUUUAAUGGACCACAUCACACAUGUGAGUGGCAACUUCAGAAAUGAUGAAAUUGAGUUAAAAUCAAAAAAAAAAAAACAAUUGUUUAAUCAAAACAAGGGUAAAACUGUGAAGGUCCGAAAUCAAAGAGUAGUGGGAACCCACCAAGGGCAUAAGCCUAAAAAACCUAAAGUGAAUGUCCUGGCAUCAAAGGGGCCCAUCCUGUUUCAUGCCCAACUUACCGCGGACGAUUGUUUGAAAGACGAUGAUCAGGUCAUUACAUCAGACACCAGAAUAUUUAUAUCCGGUUUGGUAGUGGCACUAGCUGUUUAAUCCUGGCAGACCUGAUCAAAGCAGGGCGCUUAUUCUCUGAUGGAAAAAGCAUGGUGCUUUGUAUGCAGACAAGGAUCUAUGGUCCUCCUUUCGGACGUGUGUGUCACCUAGCAAGUGGCAACACAAACAAUCCCUUAAAAGGGAAGAAAAACAACAGCUCGCAGACAAAUUCCUCUGAACUGUUCUUGUUAUACCUCCAUGCUUGUUCUUGUUCCUGGCUGCUAUAUAUACACACAGGGAGAAGCGAUCGAGGGAACACUCUCCUCGAAGCCAGAUAUGGAUUCCAGAACAGCAUUCUGCGGCGCUCUGCUGCUGCUGGUGACGCUGCUGCCUCUUUCAGCCACCGCGUCGAGCAAGCUCUACAUUGUGUAUAUGGGGGAGAAGAAGCACGAUGACCCGUCCGUGGUUAUCGCGUCGCACCAUGACAUGCUAACAUCUGUUUUUGGGAGCAAGGAUGAAGCCAUGAGGUCGAUAGUUUACAGUUACAAGCAUGGAUUUUCUGGGUUCGCGGCGAUGCUCACUAAAUCUCAAGCUGUCGCAAUCGCAAAAAUUCCUGAAGUUGUCACUGUCAAGCCUAAUAUUUUUCACAAAAUGCACACAACUCGGAGCUGGGACUUCCUUGGCCUUGAGUAUAAUCAGCCGCCACAACAACCGGGUCUCCUCGAAAGAGCAAAGUAUGGUGAAGAUGUCAUUGUGGGUGUGAUCGAUUCAGGCAUAUGGCCUGAAUCACGAAGCUUUGAUGACAAUGGCUAUGGCCCCGUGCCAGCACGGUGGAAAGGAAAAUGUCAGACUGGCGAGGAGUUCAACGCCACUAGUUGCAACAGAAAGAUCAUUGGCGCGCGGUGGUAUGGCCGUGGCAUCAGUGCCGAGUCACUAAAGAGCGACUAUAAGUCGCCUAGGGACCUCAGCAGCCAUGGCACACACGUCGCAUCAACUAUCGCUGGCCGGGAGGUGCAGGGUGUGAGCUACGGAGGCCUAGGCAUGGGCGUGGCACACGGUGGGGCACCACGUGCGCGGCUCGGUAUCUACAAGGUGUGCUGGGUGGAUGAGGGUUGCCCUGACGCGGCGGUCCUUGCUGCCAUCGACGACGCCAUACAUGACAGGGUGGACGUCUUGUCGCUCUCGGUUGGAGGGGUUGGUCAGGAGUACUCUGGGACGUUGCAUGCUGUGCAAAGAGGGAUCUCUGUUGUGUUUGCCGGAGGGAAUGAUGGCCCUGUGCCACAGACCGUGACGAAUGCCGUGCCGUGGGUUACGACGGUGGCUGCUAGCAUGAUUGACCGGUCUUUUCCGACCUUGAUAUCGCUCGGGAACAAUGAAAAGCUGGUGGGGCAAUCUCUAAAUUACAAUGCAGCUAUGAACAACAGCGGCUUUCAGGACCUUGUUUGUCCGGGGAGCUGCGAAGCAGAAUCACUGGCGCUGGGCAAUGUCACGGGCAAAACCGUCCUCUGUUAUGCACCAGCAGAGGCAUCGUGGUGGCCGCCCCAGAUAUCACUCCCUUAUGCCAUCAAUCAUACUAUUGAGGCCGGUGCGAAGGGCCUCAUCUUCGCACAGUACACUGCCAACAAUCUCGACAGCCUGACUGCUUGCGAGGGAUUCAUGCCUUGCGCGCUGGUGGAUUUCGAGAUCGCGCAUCGAAUUUUCUCCUACUGGGACAUGGCUGACCAUCCAGUGGUGAAGGUGUCCCCGGCUGUAAGCGUUGUUGGAAAUGGGGUCUUGUCGCCAAGGGUCGCCUCGUUCUCGUCCAGAGGUCCAAGCCUAUUGUUCCCCGGCAUACUCAAGCCCGACAUUACUGCUCCUGGCGUCAACAUCUUGGCGGCAGUGCGCGGCUCCUACGUGUUCUAUUCCGGGACAUCAAUGGCGUGCCCACAUGUCUCCGCAGUGACCGCGAUGCUCAAGUCGGUUCACCCUCAGUGGUCACCUGCCAUGAUCAAGUCGGCCAUCGUCACCACAGCAUCCGUGACCGAUCGUUUUGGCAUGCCAAUCCAAGCAGAAGUCGUCUCAAGGAAACUAGCCGACCCCUUCGACUUUGGUGGUGGACACAUUGACCCAGAUAGAGCCGUUGACCCUGGCUUGGUUUAUGACGUUGAUGCAAGGGAGUACAACAAGUUUUUCAACUGCACCCUUGGAUAUUUAGGCGGUUGUGAGUCCUACUACCUCAAUCUCAACCUCCCAUCAAUUGCCGUGCCAGACCUCAAGGACCAUGUCAUGCUUCGGCGCACCGUGACUAACGUUGGGCCAGCAGAAUCAACAUAUCAUUUAGUGGUUGAAGCUCCAGCGGGGAUAGAUGUGUCCGUAGAGCCAUCUGUGAUCAAUUUCACCCAAAGCAGUAGUAAAAGCGCGACGUUUACGGUGACAUUCACAACAAGGCAGAGAGUACAAGGAGGAUACACUUUCGGGAGCUUGACAUGGUCAGACGGAAGUACCCACUCAGUGAGAAUUCCUAUUGCGGUACGGACUGUGAUACAAGACUUUGUUGCAGAUACAUCUUAAGCUCAUAUUCUUUGUAUUAUACACAUUCUUGAUGUAUUCAUGUGGUUGGCAUAAGAAAAUGUAGAAGAAACACUUCAACUUUUUACAUCAUCACAGAAAAUGUUAUACUGGAAUAAAAUACGAUUCUUUGCUAUGGGGAGGUUUAUUCACAAACUUUUACGAAAAACAAAUUAAUGAGAAAACCACGGAUCAUAUCGAAUGAAAUAGACUAAGGGAGAACGAAGGAUAAAAAAAUCUCCCGAACCUUUCUUUCUGGAUGAAAACGUUUCUAAAUUGAAAGUGAAAAGAAAUAAACACGAUCAAAUUUUCUUAGCUGGGCCAAAAUCACCGAAUUCAUGAAUGGCUGCUAAUGUCCAAA